AUGGCACCGGCAACUCUACCACAAUACACUCCUCGAGAUGCAUCUCCCAGUGCGAAUCCUUCAGGGUUUGGUCCGCGUAAUGGUGGCGGAGGAGGCUCUGCGAUCAACACAUCUCCGCAAAGCUUACCAGCGAACAUACCCACGGGCCCCAAAGCUGACCGCACUCCGAUGGCUCCUAGGCCACUUUCAUCCUAUCCGCAAUCGGACAGGCCUGGCUUUCCUCCCGCUAGAGGCCCGUUGAGCGGCGGUCCUAAGAGCAUGCAAUGGGUACGGCCUGGAUUCAAUUCGAGCCGACCGUCGGUGCCAACCAAGCGCGAAUUCCCGGCUGAGGAUCGUGAACGACCGUUCGGUACUGCCCCCAAAGCCCCUCGACUCGAGCAUAGCGUCUCUGCUGCACAGAUCCAGCGUAAUUCGCAAGCGAAAUCAGUGUCACCGUCAUUUUCACGCAUUCAAGCCGAAAUCGAAAGACCGAGAGAACGUGCGGUAUCCGCAGAGCGUCCUGUGGUGCCCUCACCUAAACCUACUCCGAUCGAGACUAGGCGACACUCUGAUGUCGUCAUGGCGGAAGCGUCACCUCGAAUGGCCAAGCCACCCAUGUCGGCUGCGUCGUCCGCCCCGGAAGCUCUGCAAGACUCUGACGAUGAUCUUGAUCUUGACGAGGAUGACUUCGCUGAGUCUGAGGCGAAAUACAACCGAGAGCGAGCACGUCUAGAGGCCAAACGGGUUGAUCUGAGUGCUCCGCAUUUACGCGCUACAACUCCCUUGCAGGAGAUUGUUCUGCUGUCAUGCCUCAAUGUCGAGCAUCUUCCUCAGACACAGCCAGAUGUGGUGUCCGUCGAAGAGACAAGCACACCCUUUCCCCAGGAGCAGGAAGAGUCACAUCUUUCACCUGUGCAAGCACGUCAUGUGGAACCAACCACCACUCAACCCGCUCCAGAGAGUAUCACGGCAGAUCUACCGACACCUAAGGCGGAAGAGUCCGAGGAUGUCGAGAUGGAAGACAAAGAGGAGACUGAAGAGAGGUCGGCUGCACCCGCAACGAUGGCACUUCGCCUACGACGUGAGACCUCUGCAGAGCAGGAAACCUUACCCGACCUCAGUUUGUUGCCCUAUCUAGGCUCAGGCCCGCCAACGCCUUUAUCGGACAUUGGGCAAGAUCGACCAAACCUAUCUGACGAUAUCAUGAACGCCAUUCGAAGCAAAUUACGCAAGAGCAUCGAGCCUGAGCUUAACACUGAUCAGAUUCUCGAACGAUACGCAGCUGCGUAUAGAGCGUGGCGUGUGUCCAUCCGUCCCCUGGACGAAGAGCGCGAUCAAGACGAUCAGGAUAGACAGCCGUCAGCCGAACCAACACUGAAGGCUGUCACUCCCGAUGUACAAAACGCUGCGAUGACAGGGAUUCUGGAUGGGUCGCUCGCUCCUACAGGCCGGAGGAGCCAUGCGAGUCGAUGGGCUACUGAGCUUGAUCUGGAAGCUGUCAUCAAAGAGUCUUUGAAGACUGCUGAAGAGGAAAAGCUAGGGAAGAAAGACAAAGAGCCACGCAAAGCCAUGGCUGAUCCGGAGAAGGAGGCCGAUCUACCCUUGGAACUUACCGAGGCAGAGGCUCAGCGCAGAAGAUUCAUCGACACUAAUUUCCAACGCGAACCCGGUCAAGGAAUCUUUGUGUUUCACUAUGAGCCGCCAGAGGAUGACUUCACCCCCGAGGAACACAGGGUCAUGGUACAUAACUACAAGGAUCAAUACGCAAAGAAGUGGGGUAAGCUGGCCGAAGUUCUUUACAAAGAAGUUGGAACCGAACGCACCUACAAGGAUUGUAUCAAUCAUUACUAUGCUACCAAAUGGGGCCGAGAAUACAAGGGUAAACUCCGCAAAGCUCGGGCUCCUAGGAAGCGUGGUGGAGCUGUCGGUCGUGGUCGUGGAGCUAUCGCCAACAUGGACCGACCCGAAGGACCAGGAGAGGACGGUUUGCCCUUGCCAGUCACUGAGACUGGGCGACCUCGACGCCAUGCGGCACCCAAAUUUGGCCCAACCGAAACUGAGUUCGACCCGAUCACAGGAAUACCCAUACCAGGCCGAGCACGCAGGCAAACCGACGCCGACGACACGCAAGAAAAGGCCAUGCGGCGUGGAAAACCGGCGAAGGACAAGGUUGGCCGGAAGGCGAAGAAUACGCCACUUGCGGCCGUUCCUAUAGGCUCACCUGUCAAGGUCGAUCGUAAGGACAAGAACAUGGGAGUCAAGAUGGAGGACGACCUUGGCAAGCGGCCCAUGAAUGAUAUGCCAAUACCCAUGCCACUUAUCCCUAUGGAGGAUCAGAUGAUGCUGGCCGGUGAUUUGCAGCAGCUUUCUGGCCUGCCUGGUAGUCUUAUGGAUCGACCGAAGACACAGGCUGGUGCAAGACCUGGCCCAUCUAGCUACUGGUCCGUCUCCGAGUUACAAGACUUCGAUAAGAAUGUUGCACACUUUGGCACGGACUGGAUUGCAAUUGCGAACCAUAUGGGCACCAAGACGCACACUAUGAUCAAGAACCAGUAUCUGCGUCUUGUCGAAAGUGGCAAACUAGACUUGGAGCAGACAGCAAAAGAGGCAGAUGCUCGAAGGGAACGAGGUGAUGAUCUAGGCCCACCGCCAACACCGACUCCAGCACCUAAGAGACGAUACGAGAGCACACAAGCGGGACCUAUCCGCCCCAUCGCACCUACGCCUGAACAUGGGUCUCCGCCUCCGAACCCGCUUGUGCACCCCAAAUUAUCUCCUCCGCAUUCAACUCCUUCUUCGAGAUUCUCCACUAUCGCCCAAGCACCUGUGCAGAGCAAGCCCAUGGUGCCUCCGACCGGAUAUUCUGCCCUACCAGAGACUAGCCUGGCGUCUGUACCCUCGAUACCACCACAGCAGUCGCCGCCCGCUCCCCCCCAGCGUGCGCCACCACAGCAUCAUCACCAACACUCCAUGUCCCAGCAUAAGUCGCAGCCGCAAGGACCACGAGCUGGAUACUUUUCCGAAGACCUACCUCCACGUUUCGAGUCCCGGCCACCUUCACAGCCUGCAGGCAACCACCAGGCACACCGGCCAUUGCAACAACAUGCGCCUCCACAGCCUCGCGUUCAAGAGCAACACCAGUCGCCUCUCUAUCGUGGACUUGACUUUCAGGAGCGACACGUUGCGGGUAGACCUGAAGUUCAGCAGGAGCAGGAGGCUCAGCGCCGGUUCCAUGAACACACACGUCGCAUCUCACAGGAGAUGUCACAGCAUAGACCUUUUGCUCCCGGUGGUGCACCGCCAAUCAUGCCGCCAGUACGUUCGAACUCUGGGAUGAGAUCACCAGAACAUCGUCCCUUGCCGUUCUCGCACUCUCGACACUCAUCGCAAGCGCAAUCGCUCAGCCAAACGGUGGCCGACGUGUAUGCUCCGAGUCAUAGUAGUAGCCACAGUGCGCAACAGCUGCCACCUCGGUCGACCAUUCUUACACCGCCUGUCAAAGAAGAACCUAGGAAUCCUCCUCCAGUUAGCCUUCCCCCAGCUCAACCCCAAGCGAUGCUUCACACUCAAUUACAGCAUCCUCAGCGCGGCCCCCCACCUAUGCAAAACACCCCUCCACCUGCAGUAACAAAGCCAGCUGUCGAACCACGCAAGUCUAACUUGAUGUCCUUGCUGAAUGACACCGAUCCUGAGGAGCCCAGACGUAAGAAGCCAAGCGAACAAGGUCCGCCAUCGCAUACCUCUACACCUCUGCAAUCAGCACCAAUCGCGCCUCCUCCUCCCACGACGCAAAGCUACUCGUCAUCGUCCAGACGUCCGCUCUACGAAGAUUCUUUGGCUGCUCAAUCUCCGUAUACCCGUCCAGCCUCGUAUGCUCAGCAGUCUUCACUUGCAAACGCAACAUCAAACAGGCCAAUCGACUUGACUGAGGACAAGCCAUCAGUAAGUAGGCCAAGUCUGCGCGAUACUUGGCAAGCCCAGCAGCCGUUCCACCGAGGAUUGUCUCAGACUCCACAAAUCGCGUCGCUUUCUUCAACACCGACCGGCCUGCCUCAGCCGCCCAAUGUCAACGAUAGGAUGUUUAGCAAUCAUCGUUCUGUCUUUUCCCAGCAUAACACUCCACGUCAAAAUCCGACACCGCCACCUCUUGCCGGCUUCAACAACUCUCCAAAUCCGCAUUCGCGCACGUCAAGCGUGAGUGGGCCGCCUGGGUCGUUGCCUCGACAUGGUGUUCCAAGCACCACUGCAGCACAGCAUGCGCAAGCACUGAGUGCAUCAUCGCAGAUCCUGCAGCCAAACCCAUACGCCCAAGUUGAUCCGCCGGGCAGUGGCGUCCCGCCACCUGGGCCUAUGGGGAUGCGGCCCAGCCCGCACCUGUCGACAAGCCACAUAGCACAGCAGCAGCAGAGGGACUCAUCCGGACGCAACGACCAUUCGCAGGCCUCAAACGCAAACCUAUCGUACUCGAACCCACAAACGCCCAACGAGCAUCCAGCCCACCCUUUCCAAGGGUUGAGUAGACUGACGGAGCCUUAUCGUCCUCGCGAUCCUCGUGAGGCCCACGAUUUUGAUCCUCGUCACUCGGAUCGCGACACCAGCCGUGAGUUGUCUCAAAGGGCCGAUUAUCUACGUGAACAGCUUUCCAACCCCACGCUACGUGCGCCAGGUCCUCCAAUGCACGAAGAUCUGCGAUACCAACCCCAAGAUCGGGGAUACCUCUCGCAACGCUCACAGACUCCGCUUUCUAGGCCGGAGCACGGCCAGCCUCCACCUUUGCAGCAUCCUCCGCACUCGUCUCUCGGAGUAGCAAACCACUCUCUUUAUGGUCAGCGCCCUCCCGAGGAACCACAACAUCACUUCAUGCGAAAUCCUCGUGAUCGCAGCAUGACGGACCGUAUCCGCGAGGAGCAAGCCCAAGCUCAAGCUCAACACCAGGCAGCGAUGAAUCGAGAAGAGCAUAUGCGAAGAGAAGCUGAACAAAACUCAAGGGAACGCGAGAUGCGCGAACGAGAUGCACGAGAUGCGCACUACAGGGACAGCAUCAUGCGAGGAAGACAAGAUAUGAGGGGUCCACCGCCACCACAGCCCAGUUCAGGGCCAGGAUCAAUCCACGACCCUCGGCCACCUACAGGGCCUAUGGACUGGACGAGCGGAGUAAGGCAUCCGCAGGACCGUGGCCCAUGGCAACGCUAG